ACAAUAUAAUGGUGAUACUGUGAACUAAGAUUUUCUUUUAUGAAUUUAGAAUUAUGUCGCUUGUUGGUACUCAGUAGUCGGUUAAAGUUGAAUACAUUUUUAGUUAGUAUUUACACUAGUGCUAGUUUCGAUAUGUACUAAUGUUCAAUUAGGUAAAUGAUAAAUUCAUUUUUUUUUUUAAAUUCACAUUUAUUAUGAAUAAAUUAGCUCCAAGCAAAUGUACAGUAUAUGUUUCAAAUCUUCCAUUCAAUUUGACAAACAACGACUUACAUAAAGUAUUUGAAAAAUAUGGAAAAUUAGUUAAAAUCACAAUAGUUAAAGAUAAAACAACACGACAAAGUAAAGGAGUGGCAUUUGUAUUAUUUCUUAAUCAAAAUGAAGCUAACGUUUGUGUUAAAUCUACAAAUGGCAUACAAAUGUUCGGGAGAACGUUAAAAAGUUCUAUCGCAGUAGACAAUGGCCGUAGUACAGAAUUUAUCAGGAAACGUCAGUAUACUGACAAAAGUUUUUGCUACGAAUGUGGCAAAGAAGGCCAUCUUAGUUACAAAUGUCCAGAAAAUUGUUUGGGUGAACGACAGCCACCACCUAAAAAGAAAAAAAAGAAAAACUUAGAUGGUAAUGAAGGAUGUAGCAAAAAUCAAGAAUCUUAUCUUAGCUCAGAAGAGGAUACAGAAUUUUAUGACAGAACUAAAAAUUACAAAGAAAGAAAUAGUGAUGAAGAAAAAUGUGAUAUAUCUCAUAUGGAGACAUUAAGUGCAGUAAUACACGAAGAACAAAAGAAUAAUAUUGACCAGUCUAGCAAAGUUGAGGUGUUACAUAAAAAAGUAUACCGUAAAGAUUCAUACUUCAGUGAUGAGGAGGAACUUACUGAAUAAUAAUUUUAAUUAAUGUUUUUAUUCUAUAUUUAGUUAAGAUAUUACUAUUAAUUAAUAUACGCACCUGAAUAUAGUUCUAUACAAUACAA